AUGGGUGUGCUUCCGUACAAAUUCCAGCGCCUGUUCAAGAAUUUGAGCUUAAACAACGAUGGACAUCUUCGCCGGUACGACAAACUCGAGAAUGGAGAUCACCAGAAACCGUCUCGCUCUCCCAGAGGAUUCAUUCCUAUAUACGUUGGAGUCGAGCGGAAGAGAUAUAUAGUCCCGACGGCGGCCGCCAAUUCUCCCGCCUUCAAGGCGAUGCUGGACAAGUACCAAGACGAUAUUACUCCCUUUGGGCCCCUGGAAGUGCCGUGCUCCGUCGCCGCCUUCGACCAUGUCCUCCGCCGUGCCCUUGAUCAGACGUUCAACAAACAUUACAUGUUGUGUAUGUGCACGUAG